AUGUAUACAUACAUCUAUGUACGCGUCUCGGUGAGGCGGAGACCGAUGAACAAGCUCGGCCAAGGCUGCGAUAUCUUGGUUGCUACAACUGGACGACUCCUAGCCAUCCUGAGGAAGAAGGCACUGCAGUUCGGCAACCCGAAGUACUGUGACAUCCUUUCUCUGGAUAAUUUGAGUUUCAUUGUCUACGAUGAGGCCGAUGAACUACUGUCGGAAUCCUUAAAAGAUGUCUCGUCGAAGAUGUCCAAGACGAAGACAUUCAAAGACGAAGUCGACGAGGUUGAACUGCGCCUCCCAACCAAGAAACACCUCUACCAUUGGUACUUCUCUUCCCAGUACUCGAAGGAGCAGAGCCACUACGAUGAAAUUGACUUCGACCAUCCGAAGGAGGACGCCUCACAGUGCUACACUCUUGUCAAUCAACAAUUCGUCAAGUAUGGCAAAGUGUCUUCUCCACGCGAAGGCAAAACACUCAUUCUACUCCGCAAGAAGAAAGAUGUUGACAUACUCGAAAACAUCAUCGCCGGAGACAUGGUGAUCAAAUGCGAGAAGACGCACGGCGACAUGAUGCAGGUCUAUCGCGAACAAGCGAUGUUCUCGUUCAAACAUGCACAUGUAACUGUCCUGGUCGCCACGAUGAAGCUCUGCGGACGAGGGAUCAAUGUCUAUGGUGUGAGCUCGCUCAUUUUCUCGGAUCUGGCAGACACGUUGGCUGAAUACAAGUUCUGCUUGGGUCGUGUCGGACGCGUGGGACACAAGGCUACAACCAUAGCCUUUUAUCAAGAUUUCUCCGGUGUCAUGGACGAAGAACUGUUGGUUGUCCUACAGAAGAACAGGCAGACAAUUCCUCCAGGCAUGGUUGAGGCCUUUUCGCCGUACUCGAGCGAUGAUAUGUGGGCGCAUUACCCUGAAGCAGCCGCGAGAAUAGUCGCAGACUCCGACGCUGGGCCGGGUUGGGGUACUGCAAUGGAUGCUUGGGGCGCUGGUAAUGCAUCUGCAGACACGGUCGAGGGAAACUUCCUCACGCAGAAUUCUGAGAGCAAGUCAAGUGUAAAGUAUCGGCAAAUGUCCAAGCCCGCCAAGACCUCCGUAAGCGCCCAGGUGGAUAUGAGUCUGCCUCACCCGUAUAACGUCUCGGGAGGACCAGCAGGAAUAGAAACACCUCCUCGACGGCGUCAGACCCCCAACCAGCCCCCAAACCUCCUCACGACAAGUCUGGGAAAUGCACGCAACGCUGGUCUUGGACUUGGACUUGGAGGAGUGGUACAGACACCCAUCUCCAGCACUACUCUGAGUAGCCCAUUCUCUGCAUAUCCAUCUCCAGGUGGAGCCAUGAGAGGAGCAUCGCCCACGGCCUCCCGGUCCGCUUCUGGCUUCAGUGGUCACUACAAUCCUCAACAAUGGGGUGCGGUGAACAGCGUCAACAUCUCCCCCAAUUCAAUGUCAAUGGCAGGAGAGCACAGGCAGACAAGUCAAUCAUCGAGGACAGCACACCUAGCUCCCCGUCUUGUGGGACCUGAUGGUAAGGGUGAAUCCUAUCUGGCCAGGACCCAACUGAUGAAGACCGGUAUAGAACCAGUCGCUUCUCCACCACCACCGUAUUCACCUCGUCGAGAUCAACAACCUCAGGACUCACCACGCCGCACUUCAGAUAUUAUCUCUCCUGCCGAUACUACAUCACCUGACACCGAAUCCUCACGUUACGGUACGCCAGUGAGCGCCGCUACAACCUUGUCGCCGGACCUUGUCCCACGAUUUCCUGGGGGUCGGUCCCCUUUGAUACGCCAACACACAUCUCCAAAUCAGUCUCCAAACGCUGCAUCGGCGCCUUCAUUUCCUCCUCCUCCAGGACCAGGGCAGCGGAUACGCGCAGGUUCCAAGAACCAUGCAGAUCGUCUACUCUCUUCAUUGACCUUGAGAGGAAAAGCCUCGAAAGUAUCAUUGGCCAGUGAUGCUAUUGAUGCACUGCAGGAUCAUACAGCUCAAAUGCUUGCUCAAGCAUCCUCAGCUAAACACAACGAUCCAAUGGUACACCCACCAGCAGCUAGAAGGGCUGCAUCUACAGGUGGAAUAGGCCUAGCUGGGGGAUCGUCGCGCUCCAGCAGUCAUUCACCUAGUCCAGUCACCUGGGAGCCGAAUAUGCCCCUGCCACCGCCUCCACCAGGGCCUCCCCCAACAUCUGCGCGUUCACAAAGUCUAAAUCGACCUAUGGAAAGCCCGUCUUCCGGAUUGGUACCCACGCUUCCAUUCCGGUCCAGACGUCCGCCUGGCACAGGAACUAGCCUUGAUACGGUACCACCGACUCCAGCGGACUGGAGGGAUGAAGAUGGCACAAAUGAUCAGGCACCCCGUUCGCAUGGGCCAUCGCCGUUGCAUAUAGAUACUGGUAGUGUACUACAAAAGAGACGGUUGGGGACUGAUUAUCCAUUGACUGCCACCGCUGGGGCCUUAGCCCACCCACGGAGAGACUCCUCAGCCGGAGGGUUGUUUCGUAGCCCUGCAGUCAGAAACCGUAGUGCGAUGGGUAUCCGAGAGCGGCGCAGUGAGAGCAGAAAUGGCAAGGGUAGAGCUGUGGAGGAUUCCGCUGUCGAACCUUCAAGCAGUGUGGCUCCAUGGGCAGACGGUCUCGAUGUGAGACCAGCCAAUCUGGUUCUGUCAGCUUCUCAAAUGGAUGCCUCGAAGCAAAGGAUGACCGCAAGGUCUACUCCUAAGAGCGGUAAGAGUAUGCAGAGUCUGGAUGGCGCAUUGAACAGCCCGGAAAUCCAAAAAUCCUCUGGUAAAGCUGUGUCGUUCGUCUCGUCGUGUAACACGCCACAGCCAGGAUCUAGCCGGUCACAGCACUUCUCAGGCACUUUGAUCUCUACGCCUCUUUUCCCCCCCGGCAGAGAGACUCUAGACCGAUCCACCUCAGCUGUCGCAUCGCCUUCUUUACCGCUGCAAACGUUCUCAGUAUCGCCCCCUAAACGACUGAGUGGUCCUUCCAAAGCAUUGUCUUUGAUUGUGCCGCCUGGGCCUGAACAGCGUCCUGUGUCUCAUAUUCUUCACACGCCAAACCUCGAUGACUCCAUGCAAGUUCCUCUGACCCCAUCGACUAAGGCAGCUCAAGAACCACUAGAAGACCUCCUAGGCCCUGAAAGCCCGAAACUCUUUGCUGGACGAGCCAUUGAACGACAUCGAAAUUUUGCAGAACGUGAAGCAGCAGCUGCCAAUGACUCUGAGAGGCUCGAUCUCUUUGUCCAUUUCAUGAAAGCUGAGUCGAGGAUACGGCGAGAGCAGUACGCCUCUGUUUUCGAAGAAGACGGCAUAGAGGUUGAUGAGUUGACACAAGGCCUCUUCGGGCAUUCCAGCACUGAUAAAUGCCUUCACGAUCGGCAUCAAAGUCUAUCAAGGCAGAAUAUGUCGAAGCGGACAAGCAUUGCAUCUAGUGCUUUGGGAGACUCCUCCUCACAAGAUGAUUCCUCCGCCGUCAGUCGGAAGCACGAGUCUCCCAGUAGCGCCACCACGAACAGCAGCACUCAGCAGCGGCCAGAGAGUGCCUAUUGGAAAGACUAUGUACCAUGUCUUUCGCCUAUAGCAAGUAUGAGUAUUGUGACUGGGCAAGAUGAAGAUUCAAGGGGCAGAGCUGCUAGCCGUUGGUUCGAAGAUCAUUCUCAUCCCGGCGAUGGCCCACUGGGUGAAGCUUUCAGGGUUCUCGAAAGGUCAAAACGCGAAUCUAAGUAUAUGGGGGUGCCUCAAGAAACACGCAACCCACCAGCACUUUAUGGAAAUCGAACUUCCGUAUCAGCAGGGGGCGGGCAAUGGCAGCCCUCAGGAGCGAGUCGACAGCCUUCAUAUGGUCCAAACCAGUACCCCCCAGAAAAGACUGGUUUGCAUGAAGAAGAUUCCUCUUUACCUCCACCACCUUUCCUUCCCCCAAUACCCUCGUCUGCACCAAUCACUCCUGACCCGAGAAGACUAGACAUCUCGCGGCUUGUGACACUCCCCCCACCGUAUCCGCGACAUCACCCAGCAGUCAACAACAGUCACCCAGAUCUAGCAGACGUACGGGGCGUGGUUCGAUCACUUCACGAGAAGGAGGAAGCAGAAACUAUUACAAGUUCUUAUCGCACGCAAGUCCUCGGAAAAAGGCAACGAGCCGAAUCAUGGUGCAAGCAUCAACGCUCACUGCACAGACAGGAUAUCGAGUUCCGCAUUGAGCACGGCGAAAUCUCUCAAGAGGAUUUCGAUGAUGCUGAGAAUGAGCUAAAGGAGAAGAUUGCAAGUUCCGAAAAAGAGAUCAUUCAAAUAGAUUUCGACCUUUACCAGCACAUUGUCCUCACACCGCUGCAUGCACUCUUCUCAGACCGCAUCAAACUAGCCGAUGCCUCCCUUGACAAGCUCAGCAGCCGCCUCUUCUCGGAUUCACAGUCGCAGAACCCGAACCUGCCUCAAGAAGAAGGCGAUUUUCAGCCCGAAUUGCUGGAGAAACUAACCCAGCUAAAAUGGCUCUUUGAAGCCCGCGAGACUUUGCAUCGGCAAAUCUAUGAUCUCCUAAGCGAACGUAAUGAUAGAUAUAAAGCUAUCGUACUCUUUCCCUACAAACAAUCCCAGAACCGGGAGAAGCAUGUGGAAGCCGAAUUCUUCUUUGCAAAAGACGCGCAAGAACGCAGAUCCACAUUUCAACAAGCCGUUUGCAAGCGUGCUCAAGCUUUCCUGUCUGUCAUAGAGAACAAUGUGAGCCGUGGCGUCGAACUCCAGCUUUCCGCUUUCUGGGAUAUUGCCCCCUCGCUCCUCGAAGUCCUGCAUAAAGUGCCCUUGCAACUGGACGGCUUCGAGGUCCAGAUCCCAGCGGACGAAUAUGCCGAAAACCCAUCCUACUACGACCAUCCACUUCAAUAUCUCUACUCACUCCUCGGCCACGCGGAGAAAUCGACAUAUCAGUUCAUCGAAUCCCAGAUCAAUCUCCUCUGCCUCCUCCAUGAGAUACGUUCUCACGCUUUAGCGGCUAGAUGUAAGGUCGAGGCGCAGGGCAAGGAUGCGAGUUGGGCGGCGGAGGAGGAACAGAGAAGGGAGGAGACGAGGUUGACGGAGGAUUUGAAGGAAAAGGUUGGGGUUGUAGAAGGCCAGUGGGAAGAGGCGUUGGGAAGUGAGCUUAAGGAAGUUAGGGAGAGGGUUCGAGGGGCGUUGUUAGAGGAAGGGGGGUGGGAUGAUGAGGGGGACGAGGUUUAG